AUGAUUCACCAGACUCUUCUAGCAAAGCGUGUUGAAGAUGCUUCAUCAACAUGCUCAGCCAAUUGCUCCUAUAGUCUGUAUUUCACCGGCCCAUAUGUUCAAUGUACCGGGACUACGAAUACCAGCACGCUACUAUAUCAUGACCUUGAAUGGCCCCACGCCGAGAGUUUCCCCAUCUUCAAUUCAUCUACUGAGCAAUUUUCAAUCGACUAUGACUUUUUCGAUGAUCCUAAAAUUAAGGACCCGCCGUUUGACAGUCAAAUUACAAUAUCUACCUCCUCGCCCCAGAACCUUGGAUUCAGGCCGCUCAGCAAAGUAGAUGAUUUGACAAUGGGUCAAUGGAAGAUAGACACGAUCAAUCACUACUGGACCUGUAUUCCAUCACGGGCUGAUUACACUGUCCACACGACCUACAAGGAUAAUGUGAGGUCUCUCGAGGUCGAUAUCGAUGAAGCUUCCAUCAAACCUCUAAUAUCUGCUCCACCCUCAGUCAUUGGUGUCCAGGAGGGUGAUCCGCCACUCAGCGACACACCCUUCAAUCCCGCCGUCGCACCUAUCCUGAGAGAUGCUAACCUCUACAGCAUCAUAACUCCUGUGAUGAAAACUAUUUCAGGCACAUUUAACGCUACAUGUGGCGCGUUCCUUGGUUCUAAUAGUACUUACACUGACUCGGACGGCUUCGAAUAUUACAAUUUUACAACCACAUUCCCACCGAACGGCACCUACAUCAACCCGUACAAAUAUUCCCAUAAUAGCACCAAUGAUUUCAUGACUAUUUUGCCAAUCGUUCAGUAUUUUUCUGACGUUCAGGUAUCGCCCUCAUUUUCCAAUAUAUCUGUCAAUAAUGGCGGGCUCUUCACGAUAAACGAAACCAGUAUAAACGCCAUGCUCCAAGACGUGGUCCUAUCCAUAAUUAGCUACCAACCAAAUAACUGGACAACGAGGGUAAAUCAAAAACGCAAUGAGAUUCGCAAUAUCUACACCUUUUCGCGCCCACUCAACCUAUUUCUCCCAUACGGCUUAAUGCUCUUGGGCGGUCUAUGCGCCAUGGGUUUUGGCUUUUACGCUUUAAGAUCCAACGGUGUCCCCGCCACGGAUGGCGGGUUUCUUCAACUUUUCACUACUUCCCAGAGAAGUGAUACAGUCGAUAGAAUUGUGCGGGGUGGAUGUUUGGGCGGGGAGGAGAAUGUUUCCACGGUGCUGAAGGAUCUAAAGAUACAAUUCGGCGAGCUAGUUGAGACGGCAAACGGUCCAGAGAUGGCAGUGCUUUCGACGGCAGGAUUUGGGACUGAGCAUGAAGUUCAUCUUCUGAAGAGGGAGCAAAUUUAUGGUAGCCUAUGA